CGGAGAGGACGGGGAGGGCGGGGUGGAUCCAGCCGGUGUCUCCUCUCUGCUGCAGCGGCCAUGCUGCUGUCCGCCGCCUCGCUCCGCGCAUCCCGCUCCUCCGCAGGUGAAACCGGCCGCCGCUGCAUCUCCGCGACCCGGGUUGACUCGCAGGCCCGGCGCGGCUAGGCUCGGCCGCAGCGGUUCGCCCGAACUGGGUCCGCCGGAACGGUCCGGAACGCGGCGGCGGUGAGAAGGGGGGAGGAAGAGGAGAAAGGCUCCUUAGCAACAAACCGGUUUCACGGCAUUAUUGGGAUGGACGGGACACUGAGGAUUAAACUUUGACCUGAGCCAAAAAGCCCCAAAAUGGACUGGAUCAGAGUGAUAAUGGUUUAUUGAUUUGGGUUUAAAGCAGGACUAGUUUCACUUGGUUUGUUCGAAAGCCAGACAACUGAGGUUAUGGUUGGGUCAGUGAGACUGCAGUGAAUUAGCCUCAGGGAUUGAAUAUAGGAGGCCUAAGAUGACUGGCAGGUCUUCUUAGUGUUCAUCUAGAACUCUGAGGUUCUUGAUUGGCCCAACAACAAUAUAUCUAAAUUCUUAGUUUAGCAUUUUUAAGGUCCACUUUGGUAGCGAACCACUGGAUUUACACUAACCCUGAUGUGAAGACAAAUUCCUGAACUCCACUGAACCAGAACUGGUGACAUUAGAUCACAACUGGAUUUUGUCAAACUUGAUACUGUUUGAGGACCAAAGGUGACUGGUUUGAAUGGGAAUAGAAGGCCUCUUGAACUGGUUUUGGACCACUUGAUCAAUAAUUGACUCAUUUUGGUGUAUUGGAAUAUGAAUCUUAAAUCGGAUGAACUCUGAGUGCAACUGUAACCUCAUUCGCCAUGUCUCUCAGUAAGACCCUUGAGUUGGAGCAUUUCGACGAACGUAACAAGGUCCGCCGGGGUCGCUCCACCCGACCCAAACGGGAUGACUCCACCGGCAGCGGUGGGGGGUCCGGCCCCAGUUCCAGGGGCAGCAGCCUGGUUCCCAGUCCUGCCCACAGCGCCAACUGUAGCUACUACCGGACCCGCACCCUGCAGGCCCUCACCUCAGAGAAGCGGGCCAAGAAGGUCCGGUUCUACCGCAACGGGGAUCGGUACUUCAAGGGCCUGGUGUACGCCGUUUCUAGUGACCGGUUCCGGUCGUACGACGCGCUGCUGAUGGAACUUACUCGGUCGUUAGCAGACAACCUUCAUCUGCCGCAAGGAGUUCGUACAAUCUACACCAUAGAUGGCAACAAGAAGAUCACCAGUAUGGACGAACUGGUGGAAGGCGAGUGCUACGUCUGCGCCUCAAACGAACCUUACCGGAAGGUCGACUACACCAAGAUCUCCGUCCCGAGCUGGAAGCCCGGCGCCGGUUCUGGAACCGCCACGUCCGCCUCCAGCCGGACCCCGACGGCGUCCACCGGCGUGUCGACGACCGCCAGCGCCGUCGCCAAAGAGCGGCCCGAAGGUCGGGAGGGCAGGGAGAGCAAAGACUUCAUCAAACCCAAACUGGUGACGGUGAUCCGGAGCGGCGUGAAGCCCCGCAAGGCGGUGAGGAUCCUGCUCAACAAGAAGACGGCGCACUCCUUCGAACAGGUGCUGGCCGACAUUACGGAGGCCAUCAAGCUGGACUCUGGGGCCGUGAAGAGGCUCUACACCCUGGACGGGAAGCAGCUGACCUGUCUGCAGGAUUUCUUCGGGGAUGACGAUGUGUUCAUGGCGUGCGGGCCAGAGAAGUUUCGUUACGCGCAGGACGACUUUGUUCUGACGCAUUCUGGGAAAACAGCGGCCUUCGUGAGCGAGUGCAGGACCAAGACGCCUCGUCCAGCUGCUCCUCAGAAAACCCCCAAAACUCCCAGCAGCUCCGGCUUCUCCUCCUCCAGGACUCCACCCAAAGGUUUAUCCAGGACCAAGUCGCCGGGCUCAGCCAAUGAGGUGUCAGGAUCCCAGUCAGCUAUAAAGUCCAACAGGUCCAGUCCGUCUCCCACCAGUCCUGGGACACGACGCAACUUAAAGAUCUUGCCUCGCCGUGCGUCUUCCACGGAUGUGAACGGGGAAGCCGAGCAGCCGGACGACGACGCAGAGGAAGUGAACGGAAACCGAUCCGUUUCGUCCUCCACCAUCAACGAGAAGUACAAGGUGGGAAAAGUGAUCGGAGACGGAAACUUUGCCGUGGUGAAGGAGUGUGUGGAGAGGUCGACGGGACAGGAGUUCGCUCUGAAGAUCAUCGAUAAAGCUCGAUGCUGCGGGAAGGAACACCUGAUAGAGAACGAGGUGGCGGUUCUGAGGCGGGUCCGACAUCCCAGCAUCAUCCAGCUGAUCGAGGUGGACGAGACGCCAACGCAGCUCUUCCUGGUCAUGGAGCUCGUUAAGGGCGGCGAUCUUUUCGACGCCAUCACCUCGUCCACCAAGUACAGCGAGCGAGACGCCAGCGCCAUGGUGUUCAACCUGGCCGGAGCCAUCAAGUAUCUGCACCGGAUGAACAUCGUGCACCGAGACAUCAAACCAGAGAACCUGCUGGUGUGCGAGUAUCCGGACGGCACCAAGUCCCUGAAGUUGGGGGAUUUCGGUCUGGCCACGGUGGUGGAGGGUCCGCUGUACACCGUCUGCGGCACGCCGACGUACGUGGCGCCGGAGAUCAUCGCCGAGACCGGUUAUGGUCUGAAGGUCGACAUCUGGGCGGCUGGAGUCAUCGCCUACAUCCUGCUCUGUGGAUUCCCACCUUUCAGAAGUGAGAAUAACGUCCAGGAGGAACUGUUUGAUCAGAUCCUCAGAGGGAAGCUGGAGUUUCCAUCUCCAGACUGGGACAACAUCAGCCUAUCAGCAAAGAUGCUGAUCAGUCAGAUGCUGCAGGUGAACGUCGACGCUCGGUUCACUGCAGAGGAAGUCCUCUCCCACCCCUGGGUGACGGACGAGGCGCCGGGAGAGUCCAACGCUGUGAGCGGCCCUGAAGAUCACGGCAGCGAAGACGCGCACGAGUCGGAUCGCGAGUCUCCGAUUCUGGAGACGAAACAAGUUCCCUCACCGCUGGUUUAGGCCGCAUCCCAGACCCACUGGUCUGAGGGAACCAGCACGAUCCAGUCUGGAGAGGCUUCACCAACUGGGAGCCAAAUAAUCUUCCUAAAGUCUCCAUUUGCCUGCAACCGGCUCCCUUUCAUUUCUAGGAAAGUAAAACUUUAAAAUAUAGACAGAUGAAAUUAAACAUUCUCAAAUACAUUUUUGCUGCUCAACUAGUGACUGAAUUACACACAAAGUGAAGUUUUCCCAACGUCAUCUUAGGGACCAGGUGACGUUUCAUUUGAAACCAAACUGUCCAGUAGCUGCGUUUCCAUUUCAUGUCUGUGCAAAACUGUUGGUAUCCCAUUAAUGUUGGGGAAAAAAAGGUUUUUAUUGAAAAUUUUGCCAUGUUUCCUGAAAAAAGAUGACUUGCAUAACUGAAAAGAUUUGAUCAGUGGAAACGCAGCUACUGACAGGCAUCCUUACAGAUUUAUUCACCACAUCUGCAGGAUUUUCCCUCAGAUCUGGUCAGAAAUGUUAAAUAAGUUUGAGAAAUUUGCCUUUGCUCUCAAAAACUGAACAAAGCCCACUAUCUCAGUUUGGACAUUUGAUUCUGGUUCCUGUUUCCAUGGAAACUCAAUCACUAAUCGUAUAUCUAGUUUCUUUUCCCUAAAUCAGGUUUAUUAUAGUUCAUGUUUAAGUUUGCAGAAAUUGGGUAAACAAAAUAGCCUUAAAUCUAUUUUAAUUUCCAGCAAACCAAACGAGUUUGCACAAUUUAAAAUGAACCCAAAGUUUAUUUCCUCCCCUUCUCUGGUCUUCUGACAUGGACUGAGUUUCCUGGUUAUUUACCCCAGACCAGUCUCUCCAGUAUUAAAUCCAGUUUGUCUCCUGGUAACCGUCCAGAGCGCGUGCCAAUUGAUCCUCAGAAGGUUUUGCACACGGUCCGGUUCUGAUCCGUUAAAACAGGCGCCGCUGCUGCCUGCAGGACGUCCAUGAACACACGACGCCUCUGAACGGACCAAAGUUUCCUGGUUAAACGCUGUGAUCUGGAGUGAACUUUAAACGGACCUUACUGAUUUUACGGCUCUAACCUUCUCUGAAGUUCCUGCCAAGCCAGGAUGUCUUCCAUUUAUCUGAAAAUAUGUCCAACUUUUGUCUCUCCUUCCCUGGAGAAGACUCACGUUGUCGUCUUCUUCUACUUGUAUCAACCUGUUGAGGAGAUAUUUGAGCACUGUGCCUGUCUGCGCUGCUGAUCCAGUCGUUUUUUUGUUUUGUUUUUGUUUUUUUACCAGAAUAUUCCCAUCUUUAUAAAAAUAAUGCAGAAUCUUUGGAAAUAUUCGUCCAGAAGGAACAAUUUUUUAAUAUAUUUUGUCUGGUUAUAAACUGAAGUUUGAGUUGAUUGGAAGAAUCUUGGAAAAAUGAAGGCAGCAAAUCUGAAUUUUGGCUUUUAAUUAAGAUAUAAUGAGCAAGAAAAAAAAGUCGGAGCUCAAAACACAUCUGUUGAACUGAAUCCCUUUUCCUAUUCAUCAUAUCCAGGCUGCACUGCAAAAACACUAAAUAUUACCAAGUAUUUUGGUUCCAGUUUCUUGUACAAAUGUCUUAGUACACCUGAAAUAAGACGAUUUCUGUAAAUAUUAGGAGCUUGGUUUUAAAUAAAAUGCUUAAAAGCCAGCAGAGCCUGUUCUUCUCCACCUUGCUGGAUUUAAAGCCAAAUUUUAUAAUUUAAACUACAGAGACAAUAAANUACGUUUGUUAGUAAUAAUUCUGAAUACUGUUAGAAAAUAUGAAAAAAUAUUGACAUUUUAGUCUGGAAAAGAGAUUUGAUCUGACCUUUGGAAAUGGGAUUCAGCCUCAGUCAUCCUGUUUUCUGCUUCUUCAGACCUUCACCUACUUUAAAACGUUUUGUUUUAUAUUCAACUGACUGACGUCCAUUUUUAUCACCUGAACUGUUCAAGCAUCGCUUCAAAGAUGCAUUUGGACUGAACUUAAGGGCACACCAAACGAUGAGCUCUUUGCUUCUCCUCACUUUAUAUCAUUUUAGAUAAAAGGGUAAGUCUGUAAAUACUGUAGAUACCGUUCUGUCCGUCAGUGUCUGUGUGAGUCUGUUGUGAAGUAGGAAAACAGUAGCAGAUUGAAGAAUAAGUAGUGUUACAAAUGAAAAGAACAAUCUCAUCAUCAACGCCUCAAAAAAAAAUCCUACCUAAAGAAAAUGAUUUUUCACAUAACUAAUAAACCAUUUUGGCAUUUAAAAUGUAAUUUCAGUAUUUAGAUAGUUAAAAAAACUGAUAUUUGGGAUUCAGGGUUUCUGGUGAUGACCUGUGAGGAAAGGUAGCAAACAUCAAUGAAUCUCUUUCUUUUCUAUAAUCAUGUUACAUCCAACUAACGUUUGUCUCCAUUUGCACUUUCCAUGAAAUUGUCUGUCCAAAGCUGCGUGUCUGUUUGAUGUUUUCGCUUUUGGGAAAGAGGAACUUCUGAGAUGGGUGUUUGCAUCAAUGGGGAAGCAGUUCCCGUCCAUAAAACUUGAAAAGAAAGUGUCUGAAUAAACGCACUGACCUGAUGCAGUGAUGCAACCUUUCCAUGGCCUUGACCUUUGGUUGGAGUCGCUCACUCAGAGUUUGGCUGGAGGCUCUCCUGAAUCUACAAACAUUCAAAUUCAUCGAAAUCGUUAAAAUUCAGCCAUUCUUGGGCUGAUUUUGACACAUAAAAAGCCUCCGUCACUGGGCUUCAAUUGAAGUAAAGAUUUGGAAGAAACUGGGCUUUAACUGAACAAUUUAGGCUGAAUUAUUAUACAAUGGGAAGCAGCUAAACAUUACAUGAACUAGUCCAGUGGUAUCCAAUUGAUUCACCAAAAAUGGCAAAUUUAAGCUACUGGCAGGCCUCAAAAUUCAUUAAUUUAAAAUGCAAAAAUUGUGAUUUUUAUUUAUUAUUUUAUUUUUUAAGUUUUACCUUCUUAAAACAUUUGUAUGGACUGUACAUCAUUAAAGAUCCAAACCAUAAACAGGGCUUUGGAGUGCUGCCUUUUAACAGAAACAUAACAUUUUCAAAUUCUUAUUUUCUCUGUUUGUUGGCCUAGUUUUUGCCACGUCUGACUUGUGAUCAGAGGCUGAACAGCAUCAUUUCUAGGGCCAAAAAUGGCCCCCGAUCCACACUUUGGACACCCCUGUUUUACACAACUCCUAAUAAUGGCCAAAGAGAUUUGAAUCAGGUGCAUCAAGGCACAAAUG